AGAGGUGUAAAUACAAGGCGUGAGCAGUCCCUUUCUUUCUCUCUGUGUCUGCGCGUCUUUGUGUUAAAAAAGAAAGAAAAGAAAGAAAGGCGCACAGAAAGGACGCACAUUCCAGGACCAGAGACGGAACGCGCAUCCUUCUGACUCGUUUCUUUCUCCACACGUCUGAAUAUUUUAGAAAGCAGGACCUUAUUUUGACACAUUCCGGCUUUGGGAGGACUCUGAGGAGCGGACCGCCGCUUUUGUCGCCGCUGAUCAUGACAACUUUAGCGAACGGCCAGGCGGAGAGCGCGGCGCACGCAGCCACCGGCGCAAACGGGCUCGUGAACGGAAUAAGCCACGUUCACGCUUACGGGCACGGGCACGGGCACAGCGCGCCGGGCUGCGCCACCAUCCCCAUGAAGGACCACGACGCCAUUAAGCUGUUUGUGGGUCAGAUCCCGCGCAACCUGGACGAGAAGGACCUGCGGCCGCUCUUCGAGGAGUUCGGCAAGAUCUACGAGCUCACUGUGCUGAAGGACCGCUUCACGGGCAUGCACAAAGGUAAGCGGGGGGUCCGGCUUGGCACGGCUGGAGAUGUUCGCUUUGAUCCCGGAGUGGAUUUUCUUAAGUUGCUUUCUUUGUUGUUGCUUAUGCAAAUCAGUUUCAUUUGCAGGCUGUUGGUUUUGGGAAGCGAGAUGCACUUGGCACUUUGA